CAAACUUUCUCCCAACACGCAUUGCGACCUCCACUCUGCGCCCUGGCAUUUUCCUUUCCAUGCCGAUUCCUGAAUACCGUGGUCUUUGAUUUCUCCUGAAAUUGAUCUCGUCUGCAGUGCCGAACAAUCCAAGUCUCUCGUUUACGCUCCCUACUUGUCCGCUUUGCCCUUCCCGUAUUGAUCUUCCAGGCUGUUUCUCCUACACGACCGGACACCUAGACCAUAAAAAAAGAUGGCCGAAGAAGAGAAGAAGAGAUUCCUCGAGGGAAACGAGAUGGAACUGGGAGAGAAGCAGGGUCGAACGUUCAAUAGCCCACCUCCGGCCUCGACACCUCGAUACACACCACAUCAUUCGAACAACUGGCAAAAUAACCCUAUCCUCCCGGUUAUCAGCUACUGCGCUUCGUCCAUUUUGAUGACCGUCACCAACAAGUACAUCCUGUCCUUCCCAGAUUAUAACCUCAAUUUCUUCUUGCUGGCUGUUCAGGCCAUUGUCUGCGUAGUGGCUAUCCAAUCCUGCAAGAGCGCCGGUAUCAUCACAUACCGGGAUUUCAAAGUUGAUGAAGCAAAGAAAUGGUUUCCUAUUUCCCUUCUCUUGAUUGGCAUGAUCUACACCAGCACGAAGGCCCUCCGAUUCCUCUCGAUUCCCGUCUACACCAUCUUCAAGAACUUGACCAUCAUCUUGAUCGCUUAUGGCGAAGUCCUAUGGUUCGGCGGCUCUGUUUCGCGUAUGGCCCUCCUCUCAUUCGGCUUGAUGGUCCUCAGCUCUAUCAUUGCCGCCUGGGCGGAUAUCAAACACGCAUUGGAAGCACAUGGCUCUGGGUCUUCAUCCGCUCAACAGCUGGCUACUCUCAACGCAGGUUACAUCUGGAUGAUGGUCAACUGCCUUUCCACUGCUGCUUAUGUCUUGGGUAUGCGUAAGCGCAUCAAGCUCACCAACUUCAAGGAUUUUGACACCAUGUUCUACAACAACCUCCUGACGAUCCCGAUCUUGCUGGUUGCUUCAUUCGUCAUGGAAGACUGGUCUGCAAUGAAUCUGGCCAAGAACUUCCCAGUUGUUUCAAGAAACGCAAUCAUUGGCGCCAUGAUUUUCACCGGCCUGUCCUCGAUCUUCAUUUCCUACACGUCGGCAUGGUGCGUCCGAGCGACUUCUUCGACAACGUACUCCAUGGUGGGUGCGCUGAACAAACUGCCGAUUGCCAUAUCUGGUCUGGUCUUCUUCGAUGCACCCGUCACGCUCCCUAGUGUUUCGGCCAUUUUCGUCGGCUUCGUCAGUGGUAUGGUUUAUGCUCUUGCCAAGGUCAGGGAAUCAUCGAAGCCAAAGACCGGCAUUCUUCCUACCUCGAGUAUCCCAAUGAGUGCUAGCAGCCAGAGCAACCGAGACAGCUUGAAAGCCUAGUGAAAGAGGUUGGGGAAUGGAGGAUUCACGUCUCUCCUGCAAAGUCGGGUUGUUAGACGAUGCAAGAUGUUUCUAAUGCAUUGCGAGGCGUACGGAGGGGGUUGUUUGCGCUACGGGAAAAGCCUAAAACAAUACUGGCUAUAAGUGAGAGGGAUCUCAACGAGAAUACGGACUUCACUUCUCGACCUAUCUAGAUUCGUUAGACUUAAGGGUUUCGGUUGCUGUGUAUUUCUAUUAAUGUGUGUACCUUUGACAAUCGAAUUAAAAAGAUUAGCCGAGCUGCACGAUUACUGCC